GUAAGAAAAAGAAGAAGAACUUUAACCUGGAGAGACAAGAAGACUCCAUCUCCCAAAAUGCCUCGCACACAACGACCGGCCGUGAGAGGAAAGAAGAGGACGGAGAAGAGUUUGCGCUCCAUCCAUGGAGCUUUCCUCCGCAGGGCAGUGACGCAGAGGCAGCCGCAGACAUGGUGAAGGAUCAGGAAGUGGAGCGCAUCGCCAGAAAGUUGGAUAAAAUGGUGCAGAAGAAGAGCACGGACAGUGCUCUGGACCUGCUGAGAGAACUGAAGAACAUCAACAUGUCUCUGGAGACACUGCAGUCUACCAGAGUGGGUAUGUCGGUGAACGCUGUGAGAAAACAAAGUUCAGACGAAGAAGUUCAGACUUUAGCCAAAACUCUCAUCAAGUCCUGGAAGAAACUGCUGGAGGGUUCAGAGGAGAAGAAAAAGGACGGCUCUCCGGUGAGGUCUUCAUCCACCUCCAAGGAUUAUGGCAGCAGUGAAAAAGGCAGUAAAUCUUCUGAGGGGGCCCCGUCCACCCCCACUUCCCCAACUACCACCACCCUUUCUCAGGUCACCUCCUUCCCCCCUGCCCCCGUAACCAUGGGCUGCGUGAGAAGCAAGAGUCGAGAGCUGCUGGUAGCGGCGCUGCAGACGGACGAUGACCACAAGGCCAUCAGAGUGGACUGCGAGCACCUGGCGGCUCAAAUCGAAGAACAGAUCUUCCAGGAGUUUAAGUCGACAGACAUGAAAUAUAAAACCCGUCUACGAAGUCGAAUCUCCAACCUGAAAGACCAGAAGAACCCAGAACUGCGCCGCAACGUACUGUGUGGAAACAUCUCGCCACAUCGCAUCGCCUGUAUGACUGCUGAGGAAAUGGCGAGUGCAGAGCUGAAGCAGAUGAGAGAGGCUCUGACAAAAGAGUCGAUCAGACAGCAUCAGCUUUCCAAGGUCGGAGGAACUGAGACGGACAUGUUUAUCUGCAGCAAGUGUCAUGGAAAGAGCUGCACGUACACACAGGUGCAGACCCGCAGCGCUGAUGAGCCCAUGACCACUUUUGUUUUGUGUAACGACUGCGGCAACCGAUGGAAGGUAAGGCCCCUGACUCUGAGAAAUACACAGGACACGUGGACUGGCGUUGACACUGAUCAGUGUUACAGAUUUUUUUACAGUCUUGGAAAUAUUUAGGGCCAUAUAAAAGUUUCUCUUCUGCAAAUAUUUGAUAAAUAGCUAAUCGACCUACCCUCUUUCUCAUCACCCUUCUUAGAGGUCUACACAGCAGUCACACCCACCCUCCUUCCUUCAGUACAUCCAUGAAUCCUCUCUGAAGUCUUCCUCUUUUGUGGAGCUUUUGUUCACUUGUCUUGUGCACUGUCUGUUGCUUUGAAUGUUUGAGCUCAGGUAUGCAGUUUCUGCCUCCAGAUGGUGGCAGCAGAGGCUGAAUUACAGCUUCCCCCUCUUCCUCUCAGCUCUAUCUGCAUGCUAACCUUCUUUACCUGACCUUCUGAUCUUACCAUACCCUCUCACCCCGACUUAGCUGAUUUAGCUGUGUGACUCAGGUCAAAGUGAAGCAACUAAAUGGAGAAGCAGGUGAUUUAUGAGAAGAGCAAAGCUUCAGUUCAAUUCAUUUUCAUUUAUAAAAUGCCAAAUCGCAACAGCAGCUGCCUCAAGCUGCUCAAAGCGAAAAGAUUUGAGUUACCAGAUCUGCAUUUGUUUGUUAGCUCUGUGGUGUGUUUUUCCACUGCAGGUGUGCACUUUGAUUUUUUUCCACUGAGCUUCUGCCUCUGAUUUCUGAGGUGCUGAGAUUCAUAGUGUCUGUUUAGGGCCAGGUGACAGUCGGAUCUGUUUCUGACUGUUUCAGGUUUCUCUGCAUUGGGUCUGAUUGGGGUGUCUCUUUGUAUUUGUCUUUCAGUUCUGUUGAAGAAAACUCGGGCGUUUAUUCUUCUGUCAAGAAGCAAAUUGAAGUUGAUUUUUUUUUUUUGGUGUAAUUUCUUUUUAUGUAUCAAACUAAAUGCUGCAAUGUAUUUGGAGAGACAAAAGCCAGCUGAUGUUGUCCAUUGGUUGAAUUGGUUUUGUAUUGAUGACUGAGACUUCCUUUCUGAAGACGCUUGAGCCAGAUUCAAAUCACAGCUCAUAGUGUGUCUUUCUUUGCCAUGAUGUGCUGAACAUAUUAAAUCUGCUCUUGGAUGAAGACCAUCGAAUCGCUGUUUUUAUUGUUUUGGCUUCAGAAAUCACCAUCAUCAAUAAAAAUGGUAAAUGACCUGUAUUUAUAUAGCGCUUUAAUAGUCCCUAAGGACCCCAAAGCGCUUGACAUAUCCAGUCAUC